GUAUAUUUGAGACGCUUAUUGGACCACCGUUUGCUGCUUCACUGUGUUUUUACUUUGGCCGCACCCCUCCCUGAGCCUGCAUUCCGGCGCAUGCGCCGUGCGGCUUCUCGUGUGAUGGCUGCGCGCGCGCUCUCCCCGCGGCCCGGUUCGGCUCCCGGUCCCGGUCUGCUGGACUUUAGGUCGGGCGCGCGCCUGCGGGAUCUGCAGCGGCUCAUAACGGAGCUAAGCGCGCAUGAGCAGCGCGAGCAUGACGACCAGCGCGCGCUGGAGCUUCACACAGCCAAGGACUUCAUCUUCUCUGUGCUGGGCAUGGUGCAGAAGCUGGACCAGAAGCUUCCAGUCGCUAAUGAGUACCUGCUGCUGUCGGGUGGCGUGCGGGAGGGCGUGGUGGACAUGGAACUGGAUGAGAUGAGCGUGUACGCCCGCGGGACUGACUAUGAUGUGGACUACACUCUGCUGGUCCCUGCCCUAAAGUUGCACGACCGCAACCAGCCAGUCACCCUGGACAUGCGGCACUCGGCACCAGGCCACUCAUGGCUUAGUCUGCGGCUCUUUGACGAGUUGCAAGCUAACAUCUCCCUCUUCCACGAGGGAACCGUGGGCAGGUGGAAGGACUGCUGCACGGAGGCUGACCACGAUGUCAGCGAGGUCAACAACUACUUCUUCUCUCCUACUCUGGUUUCUGACUGGUUCCACGAGGCUCUGGGCUCUGUCCUGAGGGAGCUGGGUCGUAAGCCCCAGAGGGGGACACCUCGGGUAGAGAAGCUGGAGCACUGUGGGACGGUCAUCUCCAUCAUCCUGGCCGCGGGUGGGAGUCGGGUCUUGUACGACGUCGUGCCCGUCGUUUCCUUUAAGGGUUGGCCAGCUGUAGCUCAGGGAUGGCUGAUGGAGAAUCACUUCUGGGAUGGCAAGAUCACAGAGGAGGAGGUGAUCAGUGGCUUCUACCUGCUGCCGACCUGCUCACCCACAGGCCGCAAGGAAAACGAGUGGCGACUGUCAUUCGCACGCAGCGAGGUCCAGCUGAAAAAGUGCAUCUCCACUGGCCUGAUGCAGGCGUUCCAGGCCUGCAAGGUCCUGAUCAGCAAGCUGCUGCUGUCACGAACCAAAGCGGUCAGUCCGUACCACCUGCGCUCGCUAAUGCUGUGGGCCUGCGAUCGACUGCCCCAUGCCUACCUGGCUCAGGAGGACCACUCUGCCCACUUCCUGCUGGGUCUGCUGGAUGACCUGCAGCACUGUUUGGUCAAUAAGGCGUGUCCCAACUACUUUAUUCCACAGUGCAACAUGUUGGAGCACCUGAGUGAAUCUGCAGCCAUCCUGCACGCCCGCCGCCUCUCCUCUGUGCGCUCGGACCCGGCGGAGCACCUGCGCAGCGCCAUCCAGCAUGCCGGUGUCUCUGCCAAUUUGCCUCCAGCCACGCCCACUACACCACCUGAUCCCUCUUCUGACCCUGCUUCUGAUGCCACCCAUGACCACAGCCUUGCACAGAAGCUUCAGCAGCUGGUGACGGAGAAUCCCGGGAAAUCCAUCUCUGUCUUCAUUAACCCUGACGACGUCACACGGCCACACUUCCGCAUUGACGACAAGUUCUUCUGAGGCCAUGCCCACACUGUAAUAACUGUGUCACUCAUUGUGUUGUUUGUUAUGCCACACAGAGUCACUGCCUUGCCGGCUGGCUUCACAAUGGUGAAAGUGUUUUCAACCAGCUACAGAUAGUCGGUUUAUUGACUAACAAACCAAAACAGACUGUUUAGAGAAUUCGGGAGCCGAAGUGUGAGAAGUAACUGUGUAAUUUCGAGCUUAAGCAACAACUCAACUAAUGCUGAGCAGACUGUGGAGGAAAGAAUGUACAAUAAAGAAUGUGCUGAAGGAGAACAGAGAGAAAGGAAAAGACAGAGAGAGAGAGAGAGAGAGAAUUGGGCCCAAUCCCAUUUCACCCCUUGGCCCUACCCCUUAGCACUAUCCCUCUACCCUUAUGCAUGUCUAGAUGUAGAGCAUCCUGAUUCUUGUUGGGCUGGAGGGGUAGGUUAGGGGAAGUGUUAAGGCUAUAUGGCUUUUUAGAUGGAUAUUUGAUGCAAGUUGGUGGCACAAGUGACCAAAGAAACUAUAAUAAAGCAAUUUCCUUAUACCCACUAUAUAACUACUAUAUUACUAUAGUUUAAGAUGUAGUUUCAAUGUUUUAUGGUCAAGUCCUUCAUAACAAGCAUGAAACAAUCAAUAGUAGUUUUAGUAGUAGUAAUAGCAGUCACCUCCAUAGCUAGCUAGCAAACUUUCCUGGUUUAUCUUAAAUGGUGCAACAGACGGAAGAUGAAAGCUAAUAAAAGCUACCCUCUUAGGUGGGAUACACAAGAGAAAUGGGAUUGGGCCCUCACUUGCACUCAAGCGCAAGUACUGCUGUAGGUGGUUAGGCUGUCUGUGUGUGUAAGAAUGAAAGAUGAAAGUAUGUUAUUACAUUAGCUGCAUUGCACACAGAUAUUAGAAUGUAUUCAUUAUAUAUUAUUGCUGUGAGACCAAAACAUCGUAACUUCUUUGUAACAUUUCUGUUCAUUAAUGUCCAUCUGUUUCUCUAGCCACAUAUACAAAUCAUACAAACCAUUUCACCUGUGUUAGAAUUCACAUCCUAAUUCACUGGGCUUUAAUUAAUGUAGUUUCUGAGUAAGUGUGUCGAGUUCACCUCUGUGUAAAUACCUCUGUGCAUAAAAGGCCCCGCCCACUUCACUUAAGCGGACCAAUCAGCUGCCUGCUGAAAGAUGACUGUCAGCCAUCAAUCACAGCGCUCUAAUUCUGGCACUUCUGACACUCCCAGAUGAGCCCUCAGCACCUACAGGGACCAAUCACACUGCCUUAUUGCCCAUGCCAGCCAAUCAGAGUGGGGCUUGUUUAUAUCUGAGUGUGUGUGUGUGUAUAUGUGUAUAUGUUUGUGUGUGUGUGUGUGUGUGUGUUAGAAGAACACUACAGUUUGUGUGUGUAUAUAUAUAUAUAUAUCACUGUUAUGAUGCUGCACCGUGUGUUUCACUGCUUUGUUUGAUUAAUAAAUUUGUACUGCAAGACAACAAUUCA